AUGGCUCCAUUAAUUGAUGCAGAUCUUAAAGUCGAACCCGAAUUCCUUCCCCAGGCUUUAUUGGAAUGGCACCAAUUUGAAUCAAAGAAGUCAUCAAGUAAGAACAAGAGCGAGCUCACCUUACGAGCAAAGAAACACCUCUCCUAUCUUGGUUGGAUUUUCAAGUUCGCUCAAAAGAAAACUAGGAAUGAAUUGCGUUAUAUUUCACCAGAAGGUAAGAUAUUCAAUUCUCUUAGAUUAGCUUGUGAAUAUUGCAUGGAGAAUCAAGAAUAUGAUAUAGAGGUACCUCCAUUAGAAUACAUGAUCACUGAAGAACCAGUUUCUAAUGGUAUUAAGCGUGGUCGCGGUCGACCGCGGAAGUACCCAUGUGAUGCUCAGAAGCAGAAGAGAGGGAAGAAGUUGUUGUCAAUACCGGUUUCCAAUCAAGCAAUUUAUAAUGGUAAAAAGCGUGGUCAUAAGAGAAAGUCUUCUCCAUGUGAUGAUCAGAAGCAGAAGAAAGAGAAGAACAACCAAGCAAUUGAGAACAGAGAAUCCAGUGAAGCCACCAAUAUUUCUCAGUUAAUAGAAAGCAAGAUUGUGUCGGAGAACGCAGAGGUACAUUACAUCGAUGCUGAUGCUCCAUUAAAAAGGGGGAGUAUAACCCGUGAAGGCAAUAUUUGGUGCGAUUGUUGCAACAAGAAAUUCGAUGUCAAAAGCUUUGAAGCUCAUUCUGGUGGCGCUUUUCGUAAACCUGCUCUUUGUAUCUUCUUGGAAGAAGGAAGAUCAUUGCUAAAUUUUGACAACAACAAGAGUGACGAUUUAUGCUCUAUUUGUCAUGAAGGAGGUGAUAUAUUACUUUGUGAUCAAUGCCCCUCUGUUUUCCAUAAGAAUUGUGUAGGUUUAGAAAAAACUCCUGAUGGAAAAUGGUUCUGCCCAUCCUGUACAUGUGGUAUAUGUGGUAAAAGUGAGUUCAAUAAGAACAAGGAAGAAUUUACAGAGAAUUCUAGUUCAGUUUGUGAUCAAUGUGAGCAUGAAUUCCAUGUUGGAUGUUUGAGGAGAGAGGGAUACAAGAAAUUGAAAGCUUGUUCUAAAGGAAAUUGGUUCUGUAGUAACAAUUGUGAGAAGAUAUUUAUGGGUCUUCAAAAAAUUCUAGGGAAAUCAAUUCCUAUAGAGAAUUCUGAUGAUGAUGAUAACUUAUUUUGGAAGAUUUUGAGGUAUAAUAGCAAAGAAUUGGAUUCUGAGUCUAUGAUGGAGUUUCAUGCUAAGCUUAACAUUGGUCUUGCAAUAAUGCAUGGAAGCUUUGAACCAAUUCAUGAAGCAUUUACAGAUAGUGAUCUCAUUGAAGAUGUUAUUUUCAGUAGGGGAUCAAAGCUGAACCGGUUGAACUUUCGAGGGUUUUAUACAGUUCUAUUGGAGAGAGAAGAUGAUGUGAUUUGUGUGGCUACACUUAGGAUUCAUGGUGAAAAAGUUGCAGAAGUGCCCUUAAUUGCUACUCACCCGACGAAUCUUCGACAAGGGAUGUGUCGUAGAUUAAUGGAAGCAAUUGAAAAGAAGCUUGUUGAGUUUGGAGUGAAGAGGUUGGUAUUGCCUGCUGCUGGACAAGCACUAGACAUAUGGAUUGAUCACUUUGGGUUCUCCAAGAUGAUGGAUUCGGAGAGACUGAAGUUUUUGAGCUACACUUUUCUAAAUUUCCAGAAAUCUACUAUGUGUCAGAAAUUCUUAACAGGAAAUUCUUUGAAGAACCUAAGUUAUAAGAGCAUUAAUUUAGAUGGGAACAGUACAGAUUCAGAGAGGGAGGAUGAUCAGGUUCUAGUACAAAAACCAUUCUCAUACACUUUGAGGCGCACAAAUGGAAUCCAAGAGAGUGAUGAGUGGAUUCCACAACCAAGACAUCAAGCAAUGCGACAUGUUGCAGCAAUGUAA